AUGGUGCUGGAGAGCAUUGGCCAGUCCGUGGCUCAGGCCCUCGCUGACUUGAGGUCGAAGCCGGAAGUGGACGAGGAGACGUUCAAAGGAUGCAUGAAGAUCAUCCAAGUCGCACUAAUUCAGUCUGACGUGAACGUGAAAACAGUCAAGACAUUGACCGACAAUGUCCGCAAGGCCGUGUUCUCCGGGACCCAAAAGGGCGACAAACUCGCGGCCGUCGAGCGCGCUGUGUUCCGUGAGCUGGUCCGCAUGAUCGACACCACGGGUGGACAGUCACUGUGGGCCCCGAAGCGUGGCAGGCCGAAUGUGGUGAUGUUUGUUGGCCUCCAGGGUGCCGGGAAGACGACCACCAUCAUGAAGUACGCGCACCACUUCAAGCGAAAAGGCUUUAAGCCUGCCAUGGUCUGUGCCGACACAUUCCGUGCCGGUGCAUUCGAUCAGCUCAAGCAGAACGCUACGAAAAUCGGUCUGCCGUUCUACGGGUCGUACACCCAGACCGACCCUGCAGUCAUCGCACGCGAGGGCGUGCAGAUUCUUCGCGACAAAGGCCGCGACCUCAUCAUCGUCGACACCUCAGGUCGCCACAAACAGUCUGGAGCGCUGUUCGAGGAGAUGCGGCAGGUUGCGUCGAAUGUGCAGCCGGAUUUCACAAUUUUCGUCAUGGACGCCAGCAUCGGUCAGGCUGCGCUUGAGCAAGCGAAAGCAUUCAAGGAGGCUGUCGAGAUCGGUGCCGUCAUCAUGACGAAACUGGACGGGCACGCGAAAGGCGGCGGUGCCCUCUCGGCCGUUGCCGCGACGAAGUCCCCUGUCCUCUUUGUCGGCACGGGAGAGCACGUCGACCAGUUCGAAGUGUUCGACCCAGAGAGCUUUGUGUCUCGGAUGUUGAACAAGGGCGACGUCAAGGGACUGGUCAACAAGCUAUCCGAGGUCCUGCCCGAGGACGGAUCCGGGAUGGAGAUGGUGGAAGAGCUUCUUCAGGGGAGAUUCACGAUCCGUGCAAUGCGGCAGCAGUUCCAGCAGGUGUUGAGCAUGGGGCCGAUGUCACAGGUCAUGGAGAUGAUCCCGGGCCUCCAGGGUAUGAUGUCGGGCAUGGACGAUCGCGCUGGGUCUGCGAGGAUCAAACGCUUCUUGGCCAUCAUGGACAGCAUGGCAGAGAAAGAGUUGGACAUGUCGGCAGAUGACGCUAAGAAGUUCGAGCCGGCGCGGAUGAAGCGGAUCGCCUGGGGCGCGGGCGUCCCUGAGGCCGAGGUGGCGCUACUGCUGGAGCAGUUCAAAACCAUGUCGCGAACCAUGGAGAAUCUGAAGGGGCUCAAGAUGCCGAAGACCGCAUCGUCGAUGAACGCGAGGACCAUGCAGCAAAACAUGCGCCAGAUGUCCCAGGCGCUCCCGCAAGGGCUCAUGCAAAUGGUCGGUGGUGAGAGCGGGCUGGCGAACAUGAUGUCCAAGAUCGGAGGCGCCUUGCCCGGCCUAGGAGGCGGCUCUGCUGGCGGCCCGGACUCGGCUGCGCUGGCCAACAUGAUGAGUGCCAUGGGUGGAGCGGGUCGAGGGCCGGGACGAGGUCGCGGUCGAGGUACGCCCGGGCGAGGCGGUUCGGGCAGAACGCCAGAUAUGAUGUCCCUGAUGAAGAGUAUGGGGAUGGGCUAG